UUCAAAGAGGGCUUCAACCAUUUAUUUCCUGUAAAAUUGAAGAUAAGAAAAUUCUAUUUAUCUCUUGUUAUUCUUGUACACAUGAGACAAAUACCCAUGGCAUUUUUCACACAAAUUUAAAUGCAUAAAUUCCGCAUUCCCUACAUCUAUUUUUUUUUCACGUCUUUAAAUAUUGAAUUGCGUGUUCAUUAUUCUUCAGGAAAAAGCGUGCAUUCACUCUGUACCUCAGGCAACUACACACACACACACCAGGGGAGGGUGGCUGGGUCGAUGCAAUGUAAGCAGAGGGUCAAGGCAUCAUCCUGUCCCAGUCUGAGACGUGAAGGGUCAAAUCUCUUAGCGUCCAAAUGCGUGCUCACAAUAUAAAUAUUCCACAAAGUGUUGACUUGAACACGGCAACUAAUUCAGUGAGCAAAUAGUUUGGAUGAACACCAAAUCUGAUACAAAAGCAUGCCGUCGUGCAUCAUCCCUGUUCCCACCAUAUCGAUCGCUGAGCCACGAAUAUGUGUGCUAUGUUGAGCGGUUAGCUGCCGUCGCACUCCACAGCUGAGUAUUUAAACACCGUCCUGCACAUGAGAGUUUUCAUCUCCAUAUUCCAUAGCUGUAACCUGUAAACAACAACGAUGGCAUUUUCUGCUGUCUUGUGUCCAGGCUUUGUUUGGUUUCUAUACCUCUUUACCUUCCUUUGCAGCCUACCACUAGCCAUCUGCAAUGAAACUGAAAAUGAUAGACAAGCUCUCCUCUGCUUCAAGUCCCGGUUCUCGGGUCCAGCAGGAGUUUUAGCUUCAUGGAGCAACACGUCCCUGGAAGUUUGCGACUGGCAUGGGAUCACGUGCAGCACGGUGUCCCCUCAUCGUGUGAUUGAGCUGCACCUGGAGUCAGAAGGCAUCUCAGGCCCCAUAGCGCCUUGCCUUGCCAACCUGACCUCUCUUGCAAGGCUUCACCUGUCAAACAAUAGCUUCAAUGGGGGCAUACCGUCGGAGCUUGGCCUCCUGAGCCAGCUCCAUGACCUCAACCUCAGCAUGAACACUUUGGAAGGUAACAUACCACCGUCUUUGGGCAGCAGCCGUUCUCUUACAUAUGUCGAUCUUGGGGUGAAUGCUCUGACAGGGGUCAUCCCGGAGUCCCUAGCAAAUAGUUCGUCCCUCCAAGUACUUUGGCUCAUGAGCAAUAGGCUUAGUGGAAAACUACCAAAAGCUCUCUUCAACACAUCAUCUCUUCUUGACAUUUCCCUCCAAAAGAACAACCUUGUUGGCUCUAUACCUGUUGUUACUGCCACCUCCCCGCCUAUUCAAUACCUCGAUUUAAGGUAUAAUCAUAUCUCAGGAAAAAUACCUUCCUCGCUAGGGAACCUUUCCUCCCUCAUCGAACUUCGUCUUACAGAAAAUAAUUUAGUAGGGCGUAUACCAGACAGCUUAGGUCAUAUCUCAACACUGGAGAUACUGACCUUAAAUGUGAAUAACUUGUCUGGGACAGUUCCACCAUCUCUCUUCAAUAUGUCAUCACUGACAUUUCUUGGAGUAGCAAACAACUCGCUUGUUGGAAGGUUACCCUCCAAUAUUGGCUACACACUCCCGAGAAUUCAGGCAUUAGUCCUCUCAACAAACAUGUUUGAUGGCCCAAUCCCAGCUUCUCUUCCCAAAGCUUACAACCUUCGUCAGCUUUACCUGUAUAAUAACAGCCUAACUGGGCUUAUACCCUUCUUUGGGUCAUUGCCAAAUUUGGAGGAACUUGAUUUGUCGUACAACAAGCUAGAAGCAGGAAACUGGGAAUUUGUCUCUUCACUCACAAAUUGUACCAGGUUGACUAUGCUGAUGUUAGUUGGGAACAAUCUUCAAGGCGAAAUGCCAAGUUCGAUAGGCAAUCUUUCUGAUAGUCUCGAGUGGCUGUGGCUAAGGGAAAACCAAAUUUCUGGGCCUAUACCACCGGAGAUUGGAAAUCUUAAGAGCCUCAGCAGGUUGUACAUGGAUUACAAUCUUAUCACUGGAAAUAUACCACCAACAAUUGGCAAUUUGCACAGCUUGGUCCAUCUAUCCUUUGCACAAAACAGACUUUCAGGGCAAAUCCCGGAUACCAUUGGUAAUUUGGUUCAGCUAAAAUCUCUGAAGUUGGAUAGGAACAACAUUAGCGGAAGAAUACCUGAAAGUAUAGGACGUUGUACUCAACUCCAAAUACUCAACCUUGCUCACAACUCACUAGAUGGGAAUAUACCAAGUGAAAUCUUCAAAAUUUCUUCGCUUUCUGAAGAGUUGGACUUGUCACACAAUUACCUAUCUGGGGGAGUACCAGUGGAAGUUGGCAAUCUCAUUAAUGUGAAUAAAAUUAGCAUAUCAGAUAACAGGUUGUCUGGCAACAUCCCAUCCACUCUUGGCCAGUGUGUGGUUCUAGAGUACUUGGAUAUUUCUCAUAACAAUUUGUCUGGAAAGAUUCCACAGUUCCUCACAUCCUUAAGUUCCCUGCAAAAUCUCAACUUAUCCUUCAACAAUUUUGAUGGGGCGGUUCCAACAGGUGGUAUUUUUUACAAUGCUAGUGGAGUGUCGAUUGAAGGAAAUGAUGAUUUGUGUACCAGCAUUCCAACAGGAGGUAUACCUCUUUGUUCCACACUAGUUGAAAAGAAAGGAAAACAAAAUUCAUCGGCUCUAGUCCUACGGAUAGCAGUUCCAACAGUUGCUGUUGUUAUAUUAAUUUUGUCAUGUCUUGCAACAAUAUACUGGAGGAAGAGGAUGCAAGAAAAUCCACAUUUGCAGGAAUUUGAUGAGCAUAUGAAGAAGAUAUCAUAUGAAGACAUUGUAAGGUCAACAAAUAGGUUUUCUCCAGCUAACCUAAUUGGAUCAGGAUCAUUUGGAGUGGUUUACAAGGGCAGUUUGAAGCUUCAGAAAGAUCAAGUUGCCAUCAAGAUUUUCAACCUUAACAAUUAUGGAGCAAAUAGGAGUUUUAUUGCAGAGUGUGAAGCCCUGCGAAAUGUCCGUCAUCGAAAUCUUGUAAAGAUCAUCACAUCAUGUUCUUCUGUGGAUUCUACUGGGGCAGAUUUCAAGGCCCUAGUGUUCCAAUACAUGCCGAAUGGGAACCUAGAAAUGUGGCUACAUCCUGAAGACCUUGAACAUGGUGAGAGACAUAUCCUGACUUUAAGACAAAGGAUAAAUAUUGGCUUGGAUGUAGCAUUUGCUUUGGAUUAUCUUCAUAACCAAUGUGCAUCUCCAUUGAUACAUUGUGACCUAAAGCCAAGCAAUAUUCUUUUGGAUCUUGACAUGGUUGCGUAUGUCACCGACUUUGGCCUGUCAAGGUUUGUAUUCACCGCGUCAAAUGCAUACAAAGAUAGUUCAACAAGUCUGGCCUGCCUAAAAGGAUCCAUCGGAUACAUCCCACCAGAGUAUGGCAUGAGCGAAGAGAUAUCAACCAAGGGUGAUGUCUACAGUUUUGGGGUGCUUCUGUUACAAAUGAUAACAGGGCGAAGUCCAACUGACGGAAAGUUCAGCGAUGGUGCAAGCCUUCACGAAUUUGUUCGUAGAGCAUUUCCAGAUAAUAUAUGUGAGAUUGUUGAUCCAACAAUGCUACAACAUGACAGCAACGCACCGGAAGUGAUGAAGAACUGUGUCAUUCCAAUGGUUAAAAUAGGCCUCUCCUGCUCCAUGACAUCGCCCAAAGAACGGCCGGACAUGGGACAUGUUUCUGCCGAGAUCCUUAGAAUCAAGCAUCUGGCCUCACACAUGGAUGUCAGAUGAAGCAAAGGAUCUGCAGGAUUGUAGCUAACGACAUGAAUUCAUGUCAAAAAGAAUGAUGGUGCAAUAUCUUAUAUAUGACUUUUCCAUUUGUUAGUUCAAGUUAGUGAUACUUGCAGACUGUACCCUUCUCUUUUGCCAUAGCAUUUCUGUUCACAUUGUUUUUCCCUUAUUUGUUCAAGUGAGUAGUAUUUAUACAAGCACAGCCUGAACGAUCAUUGCUAGACCAAUUUGCGCAGUCAGAGUAAAUAUUUGGGAAGCUGACUUGGAACCAGAUAGAGGAUUAACCCUCGAUUUUGAACAUGGCUUGAACACAAAAUUCACCUCAACAAGCCAGAGUUAACGGGAUUGAGAACCAACCUACGCCAAUCUACGGAGAAGGACGCCCCAUAUCAAGCAGAUAGGCAUGUCACA